AUGUGCAGCCACUUCAAGGUGCUCCAGGACAGUUACGGGGACCAUGUGCAGCACUUCAAGGUGCUCCAGGACAGUUACGGGGACCAUGUGCAGCACUUCAAGUUACGGGGACCAUGUGCAGCACUUCAAGGUGCUCCAGGACAGGUCAGGACAGUACCUCUCUCUCUCUCCCUCACUCCGCCCCUGUCUCCCUCUAGUUACGGGGACCAUGUGCAGCACUUCAAGGUGCUCCAGGACAGGUCAGGACAAUACUUUGUCUGGGAGGAGAUGUUCUUCUCUCUGAAUCAGAUGGUGGAGUUUUACCAUAGCAACAGCAUCGCCAAAGAGGAAACCGUCUUCUACGGAGACCCAGAACACCCUGCCAGCCCUGGACCCCCCCUCCAGCACCCCCACCACGCCCAUGCUCUGUUUGACUUCACCCCCCACCACCCCUCCCAGCUACGCUUCCUCCGCGGUGAUUUCAUCGACCUGCUCGACUGUUCCGAUUCGCUGCGCUGGAGAGGCCGUUGUCAUGGACGCGUUGGAUUCUUCCCCCCGGAGUAUGUCCAGGCCGUCUACCAAUGACCCCGCCCCAUCUGCCCCGCCCCCAUCUAUAACGGACCCCGCCCCAUCUACAACGGACCCCGCCCCAUCUACAACGGACCC